UAACCAGUGCCAAGUCCCAGUGGAGGUAGUGGUGGCGGCGGCGGUGGUGGUGUCAAGUAUGUAAAUGUAUUUCGUGAAGUUAUACGAAAAAGGAGUGAAUUCUGGUGUAAUAAGUGAAAAAUUCUAUUUCAAACAGCAUCAGUGACUAUAAUGACUUAGAUGGAGUGCUGAAACUGCAGUGACGGUGAUGACGGAGAUGCGCUUGUCGACAGCAGGGCUUCUGGCAUUACUAAGCCACCUGGCACUUACAGGUGCUUGGGAUGUCAACUUCCAACGGAGCAAGUGUUACAAUUAUGGCCUGGACAACCUACCAGACCGCAUGCCCGUCUCCGUCAGCAACCUGGUGGCGCUGGUGGAGAAGAUGGAGGGCGCCCACAGCUACGCGAACCCCGACGCCAUAGCGGAGGCUCUCUUGCACAGAUACCGAACUGAUGGUAUUACGUACACCAACCCCAUCACCUCCUCCUUCUGGGACCCCAACGACUUCUACGAGAUCCAGAAAACAGACCUGCUAAGGAACCUGGUCACCAUGGAUCAGACCGUGCCUGAUUUCACCUUCGAGCCACGGGAAGAGUGUACGCUGCACUUCAUGACAUCACACAGUGUAGACCUGUACCCCCAUGCAGGCCUCGACUACGUGUGGGACAACCCAAGGAUGAGACGGCGGAGAGAUGUUGGAGCACAGAAUCGUUAUGGCCUCCCACUCAACGUCUUGCCUGCCAAUCACCCCAUUGAGAACGGUGUUAUAUGGACUCCUGCAGGACCAGUAGCAGCAGGAACCCUUCUUGCAGGGAUCAUGAUCACUGACACUUCACAAGGACAGACCAUCUCCCAAAUCUACCAGUCACAGAGCUUGGAAUUCAUGCCUGACGAAAUGACUCAGAAGCGGGUCAUGCCUCUUUAUGCUGCAACCCUGUCAGGUGACAUUGGUCAGACCGCUGUGGUUGGCUACCUAGCAAAGGUGGGCAGCAAUAAUUUCUACUUGGGACCUCGAGGAAUGUUUGCCAACAGUACGGCUGCUCCCAAGAUUUAUACUCUAGAGAGGAACUACAACCUUAAUGUUCCCUACAUGACCCGAGCUGAAAUCUUUGCUGGCAUAGACAGUUUGCUGAUCCAGAAAGUGCUGAUGGAGUCAAGCAAUAACCAGCUUAGUUUAUCCCAGGCCAUAAGAAUGUACUACAGUGACCAUGGCCUCCCUGGUUAUCCUGACUACAAGGCCUGCAAUAGGAUAGAAGCUUUCAAGUCCUUGAACCUUCAAGUCAUUGAAGAGCAGGCACUGAAUUACAUGUAUGCCUACUCAGCAAAGAUUCCGACUGUCAGAGAGAGAAUUAAGGAAAAAAAAAAUGACUUCUCGCUCAUUGAGCGUCAUUUUAAGGAAGCCCUUGCGGGGGCAUGGACUGAAUUUAUCAACUUUGUAGAAAACUAUGACUAUUCUGAAUAUGAACGAUGCCCAACCUACACUUCAAACCAGUUUGUGAGUGAGAACAAGGUGGACCUGCUAGUGGUGUAUGGCUACGAUGGAGGCGAGACAGAAACACAGAAGGAGCGUGACUACAUUUCACACCUUGGGCAGCUGGUGAAUGUGGGUGUGGACAGGUCUCGCAUUGGUGUUUUGGACGGCAAGUCAGCAAAAUGGAUCUUUCCAGUGGCCAACUUAAGUAAUGUGGCUGACUGGGGCAGCAACUUUUCAGAGAGCACAUCAUAUUCCUAUGGCUCGGGAUCAGACAUGCCUGCAGUAAUGGAUGCACUCAACUCGUACUAUUUCAGCUUUUACAGUCACAUGUGGAGUGAUGCCAACAAUGCCUCUGCUAAUGCUCAGGUGGUGCUGUGGAAUGCUCCCAACAGUGUGCCAGAUCAAGACAUGUUCAAGCAGCUUAUGGAUGAUUUCAUGUACAAAUAUCCAAAUGUGCACUUUCUGUUUGUGGGCAAGAGCAAAGGUUCUUUCAAUGACUACAUGGUGGACCCAACCAAGGACUACUUCACGAACAGUGGACAAGACAUGUUUGCCUUUGCCAAGACAAUCGCAAAGAGGAUCAGGGAAAUUCCAACAGUGUUCACAUAUCCAGCUUGUGAUCCUAACAAUGGUAACUUCACCAGUGUUGCUGAAAGCAGCCAUGUUUACACUGGUUACGUUUCUCCAAACUACACCACCUUCAUCAAAAUUGCCCCAACUUAUUUCCGUUUCUCUGAAAAAGUUAUAGUCAAGGUGACUGAGGGUGAUGUCGCCAUAUGUGGCAGCAGGACCAGCAUGAAUGUGGAUGACAAUGUGGAUGACAGACUGUGUGAUCCCAACAACAACUUGGAGUGGUGGUUCUUGUGUGGCCGUUGGAUUGGGAAUUGCGACCCAAUAUAUCUUGCAGUCUCUGGCAGCAGUGCACGAUCCAAUAUCUAUUGCCAAGAUGCAGAGUGUCAGUAUCCCAACCAGAUCAAGUUCCAGAUUCAGCAUGAGGGCAUGACAUGUGGGGCAUGGUCUGCUCCUCCCUCCCUCCUCCUGUUAGCUGUGGCUGUCCUCACCAUGUUCCUUCAGCCGAAGCUCUGAACAACAGUACACCUCCAUCACUCUUCUCCCCCUUCUCAAAUUUUCCUCUGAAUUUUUGUAAACUUAGGAAAUUUUGAGUGUUUUGUUUCAGCUGCCUUAAUUUUUCACCUGAAAUUAUAUUUUUUCACUUGCAUUAUUAUUAUUGCUUUUUACCACCAGUCAUCUGUUGACUAUCUUAAUUUUUCUUUAAUUUUAAUUGAAUUCAUUUUUUUAAAUAAUAAUUCUAAACUUUCCAAGAAUGUGAUUCUAGAAACAAUAUCAAUAAUUAUAGAUUUUCCUUUAGCAAAGUUUAUUCCCACUAGAGGUUUCCAAAACUUUAAAAAUCUUUCUAGUGUAGUGAUAAGAUUGGCAUCUAUUUCUUAAUGUAUCAUGAAUUAUUCCUUAGUAUUAUUUAUAUAUUUAUAAAAAAAACUCAGAUUUGAGACAAAAACAUGUUUAGAAAAAUUAAGUAUGUAAUUAUGACAAAGGUUUUUAUGUUUGGUGUGUGUGUGUGUGUGUGUGUGUGUGUGUGUGUGUGUGUGUGUGUGUGUGUGUGUGUGUGUUUCCCGUGAUUAAUUUUAAGAUCAGUCAGCAGUUUAGAGUUUGUAACAAUAUACAAGUAUCAUAGAUAUUCACUUAUGAAUAAUAGUCUUUGUAUAGUGAAAACAUAUAUUUUAUGUAUUUAAUUAAUUAUUUGUAAAUUUUUAAAGUUUAUUCUAGUAGACUGUCCAAGAAGAGGACAGUUUAUGUAAAUAUAACAAACUAUUUUUAUCAAAUUUUGUGAUGGUGUGUGUGUUCGUAUGUGAAUAUUUUAUCUUCAUUUUCAUUUCAUAAGUGAAUUAUCUAUAAAAUAAUUUAAUGUCAGCCAAAAAGUAUGUUCAUCUCUAAACUAAAAUUUUUUCCCAAUUUUCCCAAUUUUACCGUGUGUUAUACUGCUCAGAGCAGCUCUUUUAUAUAUCACAUCAGAUACACCAAGUUAUCAUCAUAACAGAUGUGGUGGCUGAAGAUAGUUUAUCACUGAUGUCAGAACCAUUCAGGGUUGUCACUGUGGCAGCAACAAACACAGUACUUAGACCACUAAGUUUUAUACAACUAGGUAAAUAAAAAAAAAUGAAACCACA